UUGUUAACUAUAGUUANGAUUUUUUCGCUUNAUUUGUCUAUUCAUCAAAUCAAGAAUAGUUCGAUUUUUCAAUAUGUAUGGUCUUGGACCAUAAAUAAUGAUAUUUCUUUAGAGUUUGACUACUUGAUCGAUCCACUUACUUCUAUUAUGUCAAUAUUAAUUACUACGGUUGGCAUUCUCGUUCUAAUUUAUAGUGAUAAUUAUAUGUCUCAUGAUCAAGGAUAUUUGAGAUUUUUUGCUUAUAUGACUCUUUUUAAUAUUUCAAUGUUGGGAUUAGUUACUAGUUCAAAUUUGAUACAAAUUUAUUUUUUUUGGGAAUUAAUCGGAAUGUAUUCUUAUUUAUUAAUAAGCUUUUGGUUCACUCGCCCUAUUGCGGCAAAUGCUUGUCAAAAAGCAUUUGUAACAAAUCGUGUAGGGGAUUUUGGUUUGUUAUUGGGAAUUUUAGGUCUUUAUUGGAUAACGGGUCGUUUGGAAUUUCGGCAUUUGUUUCAAAUUAUAAAUAAUUUGAUUUCUAAAAAUGAAAUGAAUCUUUUUUUUGUUACUCUGUUUGCUCUCUUGCUAUUUUCUGGCUCAGUUGCAAAAUCUGCCCAAUUUCCUCUUCAUGUAUGACUACCCGAUGCUAUGGAGGGGCCUACUCCAAUUUUUGCCCUUAUACAUGCUGCUACUAUGGUAGCCGCUGGAAUUUUUCUUAUGGCUCGUCUUUUUCCUUUUUUCGUAGUGCUACCCAAAAUAAUGAACACAAUAGCUUUUAUAGGUAUAAUAACAGUAAUAUUAGGAGCUACUUUAGCUAUUGCUCAAAAAGAUAUUAAGAAAAAUUUGGCCUAUUCUACAAUGUCUCAAUUGAGUUAUAUGAUGUUAGCUUUGGGUAUGGGAUCUUAUCGAGGCNCUUUAUUUCAUUUGAUUACUCAUGCUUAUUCAAAAGCAUUGUUGUUUUUAGGAUCUGGAUCUAUUAUUCAUUCAAUGGAAGCUCUUGUCAGAUAUUCUCCAGCUAAAAGUCAAAAUAUGGUUUUUAUGGGCGGUUUAACAAAACAUGUACCAAUUACAAAAACUUUUUUUUUAGUGGGUACACUCUCUCUUUGUGGUAUUCCACCCUUUUCCUAUUUUUGGUCUAAGGAUGAGAUUCUUAAUGAUAGUUUUAUAUUCACCAAUUUUUGCAAUAAUAGCUUGUUCUACAACAGGAUUAACUGCAUUUUAUAUGUUUCAAAUUUAUUUACUUGUUUUUGAAGGAUAUUUAAACGUUCAUUUUUUGAAUUUUAAUG